AUGAAGAAGACUGUUUCUCUGAAGAUAGAACUUGAGUAUGACAGAGAGUGCGAGAUAGACACCGUCUUCUAUGCGACUGCUCGCAACGAAGGAUGGUGGGAUUAUGAGAAUUAUUCAUUACCCAUAGAUCUCGAUUUCGAUAAUGGUGAUAAAUUGUUUGGGAAAGGACUCCGAAAUCUGGGUUGCACAUGA